AACCGACGCUUGCAUGUUUUGCUCGGCUUUUCUCCGAGAGGACGGGCGACGAACGGCUGGGAUGUUUUCAAAAGCAGCGAUGAACGUCACACAGCCGUAGGCUACGGUUAACGUCCAAUAUUUAGGAAAUAAUUAUCACAUUGCGCAAUAUUCACAUAUAGCUGAACCUGAAUGAGUCGGUGGGAGCGGGUAACCCAGUGUAAAGGUGCAUGAUGACCCUACUGUGCUAUAGCUGUCACAGCUAGUCAGGUGCCGCACCAUGGCCAAACCUGGGAGCGACAGAGAUGGAGCCAUGGUGGAUAAGCAGGCGGGGAAGAAGCACCGCCAGACACUUCAGCUUUGUACAGCUGGCACAUUUCUUCACUGAGAUCAAAGAAGCACCACACUGCAGACAUUUUCCUCCUGCCAGAGAUGUAUUUUACUGCGCCAGAGUACAGCCCACUGAAGUACUGAGCAAAGAAAAGUUGUCCCCCUUCACCAAAACUCCGAAGCUGGACCGGAGUGAAUUGCUGGGGAAGGAAGGGAAAGCCAAGUCUUCCAUGAAGCGCAAGCUCUCCUUCACCACCAGUCCGCUCCGGACCGAGGAGCGAGACUCUGACACCGAUGACUCAGACCCAGGCCAGUCGAGUGAGACCUGGGGAGAGAGAUUAGUGCCUCCCUGCAGGAUAUACGCAGAUAAAGAUGGACCAGACAAGAAGAAGGUGAAGAAGGAGGCUGGGGGCAAGAAGUCCCAGGCCAACCUGUUAUUUGGGUAUCCCCUGUCAGAGCGCAAACAGAUGGCUCUCCUAAUGCAGAUGACUGCCAACAGUCCAGACUCUACUCCCAGUCACCCCUCACAAACGACCCCUGUGCAGAAGAAAGUCCCCAGCAGCGCCUCGUCUAGACAGAAGGACAAAGUCAACAAGCGGAACGAGCGAGGGGAGACUCCCCUUCACAUGGCUGCCAUCAGGGGAGACGCUAAGCAAGUUAAAGAGCUCAUUAGCCUGGGAGCUGAUGUCAACGUCAAAGACUUUGCAGGCUGGACUCCCCUUCAUGAAGCCUGUAAUCUUGGCUACUACGACGUGGCCAAGGUCUUAAUAGCAGCAGGUGCGGAGGUGAACACGCAGGGUUUGGAUGACGACACGCCACUCCAUGAUGCUUCGAGCAGCGGGCACAAAGAUAUUGUGAAACUGCUGCUUCGACACGGUGGUAACGCCUUCCAGGCAAACAAGCGCGGCGAGCGCCCGGUGGAUGUGGCGGACUCUCAGGAGCUGGAGCAGCUAUUAAAGGGAGAGGUGCCUCUGUCGGACCAAGAUGACAGUUCGUCAGAGUCUGAAGACCCACCGUCUGUUAAUCCAUCCAGUGUGGAUGACAACAUGGAGGACUCUGAUACUGAAAAGGACUCGGAUGGCAAACCGGCCACAAAAGCAUCAUCGUCCGUGCCAGGGCUGGAUGAGUAUGAGUUCAAGGACGAGGAAGAAGAGGAGGAUCUCAGUAAAGCUCUGAACGACAGACAUAUCCUCAGGAGGGAACUACGGCAGCGGGAGAAGGACGACAAAGAUAGGAAUCAUGUGGCAGGAAAGACGAGUGGCAAAGGGGAUUCCUCCUCCAAGUCCAAAAAGCAGAAGACGUCUCGCGUCCACUGCAGCUCAGAUACCUCCAGUGAUGAAAUGGAGAGCCUUCCAGAGAAAAGGAAUUCCCCCACCUGCUCUCAAAGCUCAGAGGCCGUGAAGCCGGACACAAAGUCUAAAAAGGACAGUGCUGAGCAAAAGGACAAGGGCAAAGUCAAGAGGAAGAGCAAAAGCCAGAAUAAAAACAAGGAAAACCAAGAGGAUGGCAAAGAGAACAGCAAAACUUUGGUCCGUUCUCUCGCAACUGUGUCCGAGAGCACAGAAAAGGGUCGGGAGGAAGACUCCUUCAAGAUGUCUUUCAGUCCUAAAGAUGACUCGUCCGUCCACCUCUUUCAUUUGUCCUCCAUAAAGUCUCCAAAACUGAACCACAGCUUGACAGAUAAGCAAACACCACUGAAACAGGAAAAUACUAAGAUGUGCAUUUCCAUCACUGACAGCUCAUGUCCGGUGGACGGUGUCAAAUACAACCACUACCCAGACGCAGACUUCUGCACUGAAGGCUCUAGCACCAAGGGGUGCAAGCACAAGGAAAAGAGCAAACAUCAACAGAAAGACUCGAGUGUCGACGGGGAUGACGGCCGUUCGAGUCCUUACAAAGACGGCAGCAUAGGAAACAGCAUAGACAGCACUGAAGGUGCCUUGCGGAAGAGCGACUUAGACGGCAAGGUGGUAAAGAAGCAUAAACUUAAACACAAAGAGAAGGACAAACACAGGAGGGAAUACGAGGCAGAGCGGAGCCGCCACAGGCAGAAGGAGGCCAGGAAAGAUGGCCACAGGAAUUUGGAGUUUGACAGAGAGUUCUGGAAAGAAAAUUUUUUCAAAAGUGAUGAGACGGAUGAAUCUCUGCCAGUGAAGAAAGAAGGUGAAGACAAUAGCUCGCUUCAGAAGACCUCUGAUUCCUCUCCUGUCAAAGAUGAGAGAAACGCAAAGGAGAGACACUCCAGCAGCAAGGAAAAGAGGCCGAGAGAGGAGCGCGAAAAAGACAAGACCGUGAAGAAAGAGCGCAAGGAGGCUGCUAGUAAAGAGGAGAAGGUAAAGGAAUCAAAGCUGAGCGAGCGUGACGAGAGAGUGGACUGCCACGGCUCAGGGCGGAUUCCUGAGGAGACACUGCUGAGCAACAGCAUGAAAGAAGAGACAGAAGAGAAACCCAUAAGUGGGAUCACAGCUGAUCAAGAACAGCUGGAGCCUUCUGAAAAAGGCUCACGUGAGAAAACUGACAAGAGGCUUCCAGGAAAGGAGAAGGAUUCAGAAAAAAUGGAGAAAAGGCACCCUGACAAGGAAAAAAGGGUUAAAACGGAGCACUCUGACAAGCCCGAGCCGCAAAAUUCAGUGGAUCGCUGGAAGGAAAAAGAGAGAACAGGGGCGAUUUCUUCCCACUCGCCUGGAGAUAAAAACUAUAAAGAGAAUGAAAAGCUGAAAUCUCUGUCCACCACAAAAAAGCAUGAUGACGGCAGAAAAAACAAAGAUAAGUUAGACAAACGGUCUGACAGGGAGAGGCAGGAGAGAGAAUAUAGUGUCGGGGAUCACAGAGAAAAGGAACGCGCAAACCCUGAUAAGAAAGGCAAACCUCUGGAGAAGACCACAGAUCAUAGUAAAUCUGAUCGUUCAAAAGAGAAGGAGUGUGACAGGAAAAAGAGAGAUAAAACGAAAGAUGGCACUUCUAAUCUGAAGUUACUUUUAGAAGAGAAGAAGAGCUAUCUGUCUGAGAGCAGCAAGUCCUUAUCUACAAAAUCAAAGGAGGAAGUUGUGAGAACACCAGAGAAGGAUCGCGACCGGAGAGACCGAGACAGAGACUUGGAUAAACACAAGGACAAGGAUAAGGACCGCCACAAAGACCGCUCCCAGCAGGCCAAAAUCUCCAAGGCCAAACCCAACGAGACGGAUGCAGACAAGGCCAAAUCAAAAGCCUCGCCAGCAACCCGAGACAACAAGCCCAAAGAGAAAAGGCUUGUGAAUGACGACUUGAUGCAGACCAGCUUUGAGCGCAUGCUCAGCCUGAAGGAUCAGGAGAUUGAACAAUGGCAUCGCAAACACCUGGAGAAAAUCAAACAAAAAGAGCGAGAACGGCUUAAACAGCGUCCUCUGGCAGAUCCAGCGAAGGCCAAACCUAAAGACAGAACGAAAACUGAACCGUGUUUGAGUAAAGAGCUCACACGCUCAAAAAGCUCUGAAGCCUCUGAUGUCCACAGCAGAGAUAAACCCCUGAAGGAUGGCACCAGCCCCAGAGCAAUGUCGCUUGAUGGAAAGAGUCUGCCUUCCAUCAGCGCAAAGGUCAUGUCAGCUGUGGAAAACUGUCUGACCAGAUCGCCCAGACCGGAGAGUGAACGCUGUGUUCUCAUGUCCCGGUCCGUGUCCUUGGUUUCUGUCGCUAGCUCAGAGGAUUCGUGUCAGGCGACGGCAUUAACGCCCAGACACCCUGAGUAUGACUCUGACAUGAAUAUGGAAGCAUCAGACUCUCAACCUGCCUUCCUCCAGUCUUCCCUUGUAAUUCACGCCACCAGAUCGCCGUCUGUUCACGACAAAGAUUGCAACAGUCUUCCAGAUGUGCCGCAAAGUAAUCGCACGCUGGGGUCCGGCAGACACGAGUCGCCGUACCUCAGGGCUAUUCUGGACGAGGAUGCCAACUCAUCGACUGAAGGUAAAGCUGUCGAAAAUCUGCCAAAGCCCAACCAGCCUACGGAAGAGCUGAAAACGAGAGAGACCUCGGCAGAUACGGAGGAGAGCCUCGCCAGUCAACAGUGCACGAGUUCAGCGGCUGAUUCAGUAGCAGAGCGAGAAGGGGACACUCCUGGUGGUUUGACACCUCAGAUGUUAAGUCAAGAUCCUGAGAGUAAAAGCCUGACAAUACCAGAGUGUAGCGGCAAUCAGACUGGGCCAACGGAGCAGAAACCAAUUUCCUCCUCUGAUCCUCCUGUUGCGAGGGAUGUCCAGUGUUUGACAGAGAAUUCACAGGCAGAAAGUACUAACAAGGAUUCUGAUCAGUCAUCAGUACCUACAGUUUGUCCAUCUGCAGAGCCGUCAGCACCCACAAGCACAAAACCCCUCCAGCAAAGGGAACCUGUUUCUGGUAUAGAGAGCUUGCAGCAGGCAGAAUCGAGCACCAUGCAUGUAUCUGACCAUAAAGACAAACCUCUGGAGAGUGCUGAUAGAGCUGAACAAGAGAGCAUGGAAACUGUCUCAGAAAGCUUCAGAACAGAGAGUGUUGGAAGUCCUGUACCGUCCACCAGUUCGCACGUUCCCAGUUCCACUUCAGGGGAGUCCUUGCCAGCCUCCAGCAAAACGAAGUCAGAGUCCGAAUGUCCUCUAGAGGAUAUGGAUGUAGAUAACCAAGACUACAAGAGUUCAAAACCUUCCACUGACGCUGCAGGUUCGUGCCUUGACGCUCAGAUGGAGAAAAAGGACAGUAUACCCCAAGCAUCGUCCUAUAGCGCGAGCCCCGAACACCAGGCUGAAGAUAUGACUGACAUCCAGCAGAACUCGGAGAACAGCGCUGCUCCUGUUUCUAUUACAACAGAGAGUUCCUCGCUCGAAGGCAGCCUGAGUACUGAGUGCUCCUCUGAAUGCAAAGCGGAGUCCAGCUCAGAGCCGAUGGAGGUGACCCCUGCCGAUGAGAAAGCAGAGUCCUCUUCAUCUGGAGAGGAGCAGAGUCAAAGCACCAUCCAGUCAUCAGCUCAGACCGACUCCUGCUGCAGUGGCAGCAGCAGCAGCGGCAGCAGCACUGCCUCGGGAAGCUCCUCUCCACAAUCUGGAGAUCGGGAUUCUGAUUCUCUGGGGGCCAAGGUGAAGGUUCGAUCUGCAGACGACGACGUGGACGUCCACGUGCCCCAUCCACGCAAGAGAAAGAUGCCCAAAGUGUCGACUUCCCAGUCGUGCUCGACGAGUCAACAGGAGAAGGAGAAGGGCCAGCAGUCUCUUGCAGCGAUCGUGGACUCUGUAAAGCUGGAGGAGAUUCAGCCCUACCAGACUGAGAGGGCCAACCCUUACUACGAGUUCCUGCACAUCCGGAAGAAGAUCGAGGAGAAGCGCAAAGUGUUGUGCAGCGUCACCCCCCAACCACCACAGUAUUACGAUGAAUAUGUAACCUUCAACGGAUCCUACCUCUUAGAUGGGAACCCCCUCAGCAAGCUCUGUAUACCAACCAUAACUCCGCCUCCAUCGUUACCCGAGCAGCUGAAAGAGAUGUUCAAACAGCAAGAGGUCGUCCGCAUGAAACUACGACUACAACACAGCAUUGAAAGGGAAAAGCUGAUUGUUUCAAACGAACAAGAAGUCUUACGAGUCCACUACCGGGCAGCAAGAACACUGGCCAAUCAGACUCUGCCUUUCAGUGCCUGUACGGUUUUACUGGAUGCUGAAGUGUACAACAUGCCUCAAGACGUCCAGAGUGAUGACGGCAAAACGUCAGUGAGGGACAGAUUCAACGCCAGGCAGUUCAUGUCCUGGUUACAAGACGUCGAUGACAAGUUUGAUAAACUGAAGACGUGUCUUCUGAUGAGGCAGCAGCACGAGGCGGCGGCCCUGAACGCCGUGCAGCGUCUGGAGUGGCAGCUCAAACUGCAGGAGCUGGACCCGGCCACCUACAAGUCCACCAGUAUCUUCGAGAUCCCCGAGUUCUACAUCCCGCUGGUGGAGGUCAACGACGACUUCGACCUCACGCCGAUAUGAGCGGUAGGACACGCGUGCUUCGCCCCCAGCAGCGGCCACAGUACGGACACAAGAGGCAGCCGGCGCAUUCGAGGAAAAGGAAAUGUGAAGCACUUAAAUGCGAGUGUGGCGGUAACACAAAAGAGCACUUAGAAAAGAGACCAUUUUACUCCUCAGCUCUUACAGUCCAAACCGGCACGCCCAGCACGAGGACGGCGAGCGAGGGCAGACUGGUCCAGGCCUCGGAUGAAGCCCAGGGAGCGGAGACCAAAAGCUGGGAGCUGCAGCGAGAAGCAAAGUGUGGACGCCGACCUCCUGCUACUGCUCCUCAUCAGGCAGGGUCACACAACUGAAAGAUUUCAAUUGUUUUCAAAGUGAGUGUUCAUACAUUGUGUACAGACUGUGCUCUUAAUUUUUUAACUUAUUUUAUACAUAAACAAAUGUGCAUUUGUAAAUAGUCAUGUAAUUAUUGUUUUAAACUUGUAAAAACAAAAAAUAAUAGAUAUUUUGAUUGUAAACUUGUUCUGUCUCAUGUUUUAAUGGACCAAAGUUGGUUUUUAUAUUGAGUGUCCUCUUCGUCAGUGAUGUUCUUGUUGUUGUUGGCUUAAAAUCUUAAGCAUGUGUUGGCUUUUGUUGUGUUUAUUUUGUUUUUGUUUUUUGCUGUUUCUUCCUUCCUCAUCUGGAGUUCCACGCAGCAGCUGGUGUUUUUUGACUUUGGCAAUUAAAUGCUGUGCAUGCGUUGCAUCGUUUGUACUUCUUUCCUAAAACGCUGUACUGUGGACUUAAUUGUGAGGUUUACUGAAGUGUUCCAGCUUUUUUUGCGCCAUUGUGUUACGUCCCUUUUGCAGCCUCACUCUGUGUUGUCCAUUGUGUCUCGCGCACAUUAAAAGUCUGUUGUGGCUUCCAGAGGGAAAAAAAAAACAACUUUUACAGUUUCAAUGUGAGAUCACAACAAAACCUAUUUUUUCAACAUAAUGCCUUUUGAACGAUAGUUCUAAAAAUUGUCUAUUUUAAUAUUUACUUGUUACAUGACCUGUACAUAUUUGUAAUAUAUAAUUGAAUAAAUUUUAUUUGUUGUGAAAUUAA